CUCGGCUGAUCCUUAGUUAAAAUCGCCUCGACUGAUCCUUAGUUUAGACCCUUUCAUUACUUAAUAGAUAUUAUAAAUGAACUGUUCAAUUGUAGUUGAUAGAUCUUUGCAACCUGUUCCUGUACGCAGAAUGAAGGAACUUAGAAAAAAAAAAAAAAAAAAAAAUUAACAGUGAGAAUUUUUCACUCGUUAAAAUCGAAAUAUCAGAGAACAGUCAAUCAGACUUCACUUAAACCAGGUCCACCAUGUCCUUGACACCUAAACAAGCUUUCAAUAAGCUUCCUCAGAGGCUUCAUAACUUUUUCAUAAAGUACCCACCAAGACCAUUUGCACAAUAUGCCGAAAAACCAACCAACAUCCAAGACCCAAAUAUGAAUCCAUUCUUACCAAAUAAAAAUUUAGAUAGUGGUAGAUGGCAAGAAGCCAAAUAUUCCUUAAGAAGAGCAUCAGAUUUAUUCAAAAUGGCAUACAAAUUUGGUAUACAAGAUUUAUUACCACCAUUGCCUCAAAAACGCUUCUUUGAAGAUAAAUAUGAAAAUAAAAAAUGGAUGAAGGGUGUUUUGAAACAAAAACAACAAGUUUGGGAAAGAAAAUUACCAGAGAAACUUCAAGCAAGAAAGGAAGCUUUGGAAAAUAUGGACCAAACCAUUAUUGCUGCCAGACCAAGAUACAAAAAACAACUUCAAAAGAAAGAACAAAGAAAGAAUACCUGGUUUUAGUAUUUCUU